GAGCAGUGAAAAAGUGCAAUUUGAAUCGCUGCAGUAAGAAAUGCUGGUUAUAUCGUAAAAAUUUCAUGGUUUCCUACCUACCUACCACGUUCGGGAAAAAGGAAUCUUGGAAGGACAUAUCAUAUCAUAUCAUCAGUAUGUCCAGCGGACGCGAUCUGUUCAGCCUGCCGGCUGGUCCAGCCGAUUUAUGCUUCGAUAAAAACGAGUUUAUGAAGAAAACAUUUUCGGUGGACGAAUUCCUCCACGAGAACCGAAAUGCGGGUAGUUUGGAAAACAUACGAGAUGAUUUGGGACUGUACCUGAAAGUUUUGCGAUCGGCGAUGAUCGAACUAAUCAAUCAGGAUUACGCCGAUUUUGUGGAUCUGUCUGCUAAUCUGAUUGGACUGGAUCAGGAGAUUGGCGGGAUUGGAAGUCCGCUGGUGAAGCUGAAACAGGAAAUGUUGACGGUGAAGGAAGCGUUGGAAGGAACGAUGAAGGACAUUUCCGACUGUCUGGAGCAGAAAAAAGCGUUGCGUGGGUACAAAAAAAGUCUACAGAGCCUAGCGAAGGUUCGAACGGCUUUGGUAAAGCUGGAAAGUCUUCUCGAGUCCGUCGAGAAAGGGCAUGAAUUAAAUCCCACAUUGCUGGAGCGGGCUGCCCUGGAAUCAAUCCAGUUGCAGUUCAACGUUAAAUUCUGCAGUGAGUUUUUGGACCAGGAACAACUGCAAAGUGCGGAACGGUGGAAGAACGAUUUGCUGACGCAGUUGAAAACCUACUUCCUGAAUAUGUUGGAACGGAAAGAUUUGGACGGAUUGGAACGUUGUCUGCGCAUUUACUGCACUCUUGACGAAUGUCGAAUGGCGGAGGAUGUCUUCAAGACGGAAAUAGUUUCGCCUUACAUGAGCCGUGUGGUUUCGGAGAGUAGCCUGCAGAAUUCACCACAAGGACUGACCGGAAUCUACAAUCAGAUUUUGGACUUUAUUUCGCUUAACAUGAAAGGUUUGCUAAACUUGACCAAGAAAAACGGAAAGGUUAAGGGUUACAACUUUGUUGUCAAUAGCUUCUGGACGGAGGUGGAGCGCCGCAUGGAAACCAAUAUGUCUUCAAUUUUUGCCCCCGGUAAUCCCGAAUCGUUCUACAACAAGUACAAAUGUACUUUGGAAUUUCUCGAACGAAUUGAGUUGAUCAUCGAUGAUCCGGUGGAAAUUAAUUACUUCAAGGCACAUCCCCAGUACAGAAGUUUCCAAGUCCGGUGGAAUCUGCCGGUUUACUUCCAGAUUCGAUUUCAGGAAAUUGGAUCCAACUUGGAACGAGUUUGCAGUCUUGAAAUAGAUCCGGUGAAAUUCUCUUCACAGCAAAUCAGCGCCAGUCAGUUCAAUCUUUUACCAUUUUCGAUUGCUCUCACGUGCAUUUCGUCCUGUUGGCAGGACGGAAUUUACCUGCCGCAGUUGUUUCAACGAUUUCUGAAACUGACCUUACAACUACUGUCCAGAGUGACCACCUGGGUCGACAGCGCGGUCACAUUCCCACCAAUGGCUUCGGCGGAUUCUAAGCCGGAAUCAUCUCUGAAGCUUAAACUUCUGGCCACCCUGUUUUCGGACAUUAGUAAUUUGUCCAAAAAGAUACCCCAAAUAGUCAACCUUAUCCUAAGCCAAUCGCCACCAGUCCUUGAUCUGACCGUUUCGCAGUUAGACGAACUGUUCUUCGACAACCGUUCCGCUUUGACCACCAAACUCAAUCGACUUCAGACGCUCGUCGUUCAGGAGUUGGUGCAGGCAAGCGUCCCUCACAUCAAGCAGGUUAGUGACAUUCCUAGGUUGUAUCGGAAAACCAACCGGGAAGUGCCGAGCAAGUGCUGCCAAUACAUGGAACAGUUGAUACAACCAAGCAGGAACUUUCGCGAUCAAUACAACUCACUGGUAGGAGACGAACGGCUCAAGGAGUUUCUAACGGACGUUUACGGAAGUCUGACUACGAGUUACCACAACACAGUGGAGGAAGUUCUCACCUCGGUUCAAAAAACCGAAGAAUCCCUUCGGCGGCUGAAGAGCCUUCGAGAUCGGAACUCGGCAUCGACAGCCGCUGCCAGCAGUAGCAGCACAACGGCUAUGACCGAUGACGACAAAAUUCGGCUGCAACUGCAGGUGGACGUUAUUUGCUUUGUGCAAGAAAUCGAACGCAUCGGACUGGCCCGUGGCGAAAUUGAAAAACUGGACGAUUUGAUGCGAUUGGUGGAGGAAGCGACCAAAAUUAGGAUCGGCUCUAGUUCGCAACCGGCGCCCCACACGUGAGGAAAACUCGAAAGGGAGUUCUUUUGUCCGUUCUAGAGAAGUAGAUUUCCUAAAAGUAUUAUUUUGGUUAAUUUUGGGAGAUCG